AAUCAUCUGAUGGGUUCAUUGUUUUGUCAGGUGAUUUGGGUAGAACACUUGGAAUGCCAGAAAACCACAGUUCAUACCAUGUACCGCACUAUUAUUAACAGCGGUCUAGCCUUCGGUGCAAGGCAUUGGGUGGCAACACUGCAACUCCAAUGCGAACGCCUUGUUUUCUUCAUGGCAACCAACGUUCCCAUGAAGGAUUCGACUGGCGUUGCCACACUGGCUGGGAGGAAAAGCAUAUUGAAGUUGGCACAGAGGAUGACACAGAGUUUCUGCCAUGCAAUUGGAGCAUCAAGCUUCCAUACCUGGACCAAGGUCUCAAGUAAGACAGGGGAAGACAUAAGGGUUGCUUCUAGGAAGAACUUGAACGACCCUGGAGAGCCUCUUGGGGUCAUCUUGUGUGCUGUUUCUUCUGUAUGGUUGCCUGCAUCUCCCCAUGUCCUAUUCGAUUUCUUAAGAGAUGAAGCUCGCCGGAAUGAGUGGGAUAUAAUGUCAAAUGGAGGGCCUGCACAUUCCAUUGCAAACUUAGCCAAGGGGCAAGAUCGUGGCAAUGCAGUAGCCAUCCAAACGAUGAAAUCGAAAGAGAACAGUAUGUGGAUACUUCAAGAUAGCUGCACUAAUGCAUACGAGUCCAUGGUGGUGUAUGCUCCGGUGGACAUAACCGGAAUGCAGUCGGUGAUGACGGGAUGUGACGCUAGCAACAUCGCCAUAUUGCCUUCGGGGUUUUCGAUUCUUCCAGAUGGACUGGAGUCGAGGCCUCUAGUGAUUACUUCUAGGCAAGAGGAGAAGAGCACAGAGGGAGGGUCUUUGCUUACAAUAGCAUUCCAGAUCCUAACUAAUAACUCUCCCACAGCUAAGCUUACCAUGGAGUCUGUGGAGUCUGUCAACACUCUAAUAUCCUGUACUUUAAGGAAUAUUAAGACAAGCUUGCAGUGUGAGGAUGGUUGAUCACAUAACUUUAUUAAUUAGAUAGACAUUAAUUAAUUGUAAAACUCAUAGGGUGUUUUUUUUUUUUUUGCCCUUUUCCCAAUAUUUAGUUUAGCAAAUCAGCCUUUAGAUGUGAGUUUGUUUUCAUUUGUUCUUUGGUUAGAAAGGUGGCGCUGAGCAAAGGCAUAUCUACUGCAUUUGGCUUUCUUGAGAUAGAAAGAGAGAGUGAGGGAGAGAGGUGAUUUCAGAAUCUUUGCAAGUCUAGGAAAGUGAAAUUUUCUGUGUAUAGAAUUCUUAUUUAUCAAUGUCAGAUUGUGAUUGUUAUAA